CGCCAGGCGCAGCUCCGCGCGGCUCCCGGCGGAGGGCGACUGGACUCGGCGGCGAGCGGCGCAGGGCCCCGCCCCGGGGCUCCAUUGUUGAGGCGGCCGCCGCCGAGCCGGAGCGGCUGCGCGUCUCUCCGCCGGCGCCCGGGGCUGGAGCGAGCCGGCCGGCCGGAGGCCCGAGCAAUGGAAGAGUUAAUAGUGGAACUUCGCCUCUUCCUGGAACUCCUGGACCACGAGUAUCUCACGUCCACCGUCAGGGAGAAGAAGGCGGUGCUCAGCAACAUCCUGCUGCGGAUACAGUCCUCCAGAGGCUUUGACGUGAAGGACCAUGCCCAGCGGCAGGAGGGCAGCGGCCUGCCGGCGCCCCCCCAGCUGCCUCUGCCGGAGAUUCCGCAGCCCUGGCUGCCUCCUGACAGCGGGCCUCCGCCGCUGCCCACGGCCUCGCUCCCCGAGGGCUACUACGAGGAAGCGGUGCCCCUGAGCCCCGGGAAGGCGCCCGAGUACAUCACCGCCAAUUACGACUCGGACGCCAUGAGCAGCUCCUACGAGUCGUACGACGAGGAGGAGGAGGAGGGGAAGGGGAAGAAGACGCGGCACCAGUGGCCCUCGGAGGAGGCCUCCAUGGACCUGGUGAGAGACGCCAAGAUCUGCGCCUUCCUGCUGCGCAAGAAACGCUUCGGCCAGUGGACCAAGCUGCUGUGCGUCGUCAAGGACACGAAGCUGCUGUGCUAUAAGAGCUCCAAGGACCAGCAGCCGCAGAUGGAGCUGCCGCUGCAGGGCUGCAGCGUCGCCUACCUCCCGAAGGACAGCAAGAAGAAGAAGCACGAGCUGAAGAUCACCCAGCAGGGCACCGACCCCCUGGUGCUCGCCGUCCAGAGCAAGGAGCAGGCGGAGCAGUGGCUGAAGGUGAUUAAGGAAGCCUACGGCGGCUGUGGCGGCCCCGCGGACCCCGAGUGCGGCCCCCUGCCCGGCGCGCCCGUGCACAAGGCCGAGCUGGAGAAGAAGCUGUCCUCGGAGAGACCCAGCUCCGACGGGGAGGGCACCGUGGAGAACGGCCCCGUGUGCAACGGGAAAGAGCAAGUGAAGCGAAAGAAGGGCUCCAAGUCGGAGGCCAAGGGAACCGUGUCCAAGGUCACCGGGAAGAAGAUCACCAAGAUCAUCGGGCUAGGGAAGAAGAAGCCGUCCACCGACGAGCAGACCUCCUCGGCCGAGGAGGACGUGCCCACCUGCGGCUACCUGAACGUGCUGUCCAACAGCCGCUGGCGGGAGCGCUGGUGCCGGGUGAAGGACGGCGUGCUGGUCCUGCACAAGGACAGGGCGGACCUGAAGGCGCACCUGGCCUCCAUCCCGCUCCGCGGCUGCGAGGUGAUCCCCGGCCUGGACGCCAAGCACCCGCUCACCUUCCGGCUGCUCCGCCACGGGCAGGAGGUGGCCGUGCUUGAGGCGGCGUCUUCGGAGGACAUGGGCCGGUGGAUCGGGGUCCUGCUGUCUGAGACGGGGUCCUCCACGGACCCGGGGGCCCUGCACUACGACUACAUCGACGUGGAGAUGUCGGCCAACGUCAUCCAGGCUGCCAAGCAGACCUUCUGCUUCAUGAACAGGCGUGCGGUGUCCACCAGCCCUUACGUGGGGAGCACGGCCAACGGCUACGCCCACCCCAGCGGGACCGCGCUGCACUACGACGACGUCCCCUGCAUCAACGGCGCGCUGAAGGGCAAAAAGCCCCCGGCCGCGUCCAGUGGGGCUCCGGGAAAAGGGAAGCCGCCCGGCGGGCAGCCGAAGAAGGCCGAGUCUGCAGCGGGCGUGAAGCGCGUGGCGUCCAAUGCCGACCAGUACAAGUACGGCAAGAACCGGGUGGAGGCCGAUGCCAAGCGGCUGCAGACCAAGGAGGAGGAGCUGCUGAAGAGGAAGGAGGCGCUGCGGAACAGGCUGGCCCAGCUCCGGAAGGAGAGGAAGGACCUGAGGGCCGCCAUCCAAGUGAACGCCGGCAGGAAGACCCAGGUGGCCCUGGAGGACAAGCUGCGCAGGCUGGAGGAGGAGUGCAAGCCGGAGGCCGAGCGCGUCAGCCUGGAGCUGGAGCUGACCGACGUCAAGGAGAGCCUCAAGAAAGCCCUGGCGGGCGGCGUCACCCUCGGGCUGGCCAUCGAGCCCAGGUCCGGCACGUCCAGCCCACAGUCUCCCGGCUUCCGGCACCGGACGCUGGAGAACUCGCCGGUCUCCAGCUGCGACACCAGCGACGCCGAGGGCCCGCUGCCCGUCAACAGCGCCGCCGUCCUGAAGAAGAGCCAGCCAGGCGCGGGCAGCUCGCCCUGCCGCGGGCACGUGCUGCGCAAGGGCCAAGGAGUGGGAGCUGAAGAACGGGACCUAGAGGAAGGCAGGCCACCGGCCUCAGAGACCACGCGCAGCCCCGGCCUCCUCCACGCCCCAGCCACGCGCUCGGGGCCGCCGGCCGCAAGGCGGGGGUGGGCGCCUCCCCGCGGGCCCCGGCACCCCGGCCCGGCGCCUGCGCCCUCCUCCUCCUCCUCCUCCUCCUGUGCAGCGGCCGCCAGCAAGGCCGGGGCUCCGGCUUCGUUAGCGCACACGGACAAAGCACGGAGGCGGCGGUGCACCGGGCUCCCGGGCCAACGGAGGAGCCACAGCCGGUGCCCGCCCCACGGCCUCGACCCACGGGGCCCCCUCGGGGGAGGCAGAGCCCGGAGCCCGCGGUCCACGGCGUCCGGGGGCCGGGCCCUCCUCUGCCGACGCCCAGGCCACACGGGAGGCCGGCCCGCACCCCGUGCCCGCCCCGCCCCCGGGUGGGGCGGAAGCGCCGUGGGGGUUCGGGCCGUUCCCCGCGUCCUGCCUUGGAGAAGCAGUCCGUCCAGCCGCCUGGGGGGCGCCACCUCGGCCCCCCUCUCCUCCUCUCACUCACGUGGGCCUUCCCCCCUUGGCCCGCCCCCCGCCCCCUCCCUCCCCCAGCCUCCCGGGCUGAGGUGGACGGGGAGCCCCGGCCCCCUUGGGGAAGGAACAGGGUGGGCCUUACAGCCCGGGCCGGGCCGUGGGGCAGGAAGGGCCUUCGGGAUUCCCCGCCUGCGCCCCCGGUGCACACGGACCCAGGCCCCACUUCUCAGCUCCUCCGCCUGUGCGCUCCAGAAGGUGCUUUCCGGAACUUUCCGACCGUGGGGCGCGGGCCCUGUGGGCCCCUGUGCCGAGCACGGGCUCCCUCCCCACAGCGGUGCUGCGCACCAGCCGCAGCCCAGGAGCAGGGGGGCCCGCGGCGGCCCCCGACACUCGAAUUCACUGCAAAGCCAUUGCCAGGAGCCCCCUCGGCUCCGGGGGGUCGGCUGCCGCCGCGGCCCCUCCCCCCCCCGGCACUGCCCCCCGGCGCCGGCCAUGGGGCCCUCCUCCCCGCCCCCUCUGCCGUGGUCAGGCGGCGCCCGGCCCGGGGCGGGCCGUGGGCUCCUGGCACACACACUGUGAGUGCAAAACCCCUGUCUGGCAGUCCGUCCUCGCCCCCAGGGGGUGGCAGGCCGACGCGAACCCCGAGUCCCAGGCCCCCCCCCCCGGCCUCCAGCGGGCCUGUGUCCCCCCACGUUUCCAGAUUGGGUCAGAAAGCUAGUUAGGUAUUUGCCUCAGAGCACGUUAUUUAUUUGUCUAUGUCCACUCCAUGGUGUUAAUUUAUGUCUGUAGGGGUGGGGCUCCCCUGAGCCCCGCCCACGGAGCGCCCCCGCGCCCCAGCCGCCACCCACGCCCCUCCUUCCCCGGGCUCACCCUGCCGCCCUUCUAGAAGCUCCCCAGCCCUCUCCCGGGGGAACAGAUGGCGGGCGGCGCCGGCCGGCUCGGGCCCUCGCUGUCCCCUUGCCUCCGGGCACUGAGGGGGACCGUCAGGGUCAGCUGCGCUGCCCCGGAUGUCGGACGUGGAAUCUUCCCGCCCACGGCGCGCGCGCGGCCACCUUCCCGCCCACGGCGCACGCAGGGCCGCCUUCCCGCCCACGGCCCGCGCAGGGCCGCCU